UUCCUAAAAUUUAUUUGAGAAAUCCCCGAUCCGUCGCGCGCGUACGAAUUCUGAUCCCCCUCCUCCCCUCCCGAAUCGAACACAAACCCAACCAUUCGAGGCACCAGCAGUGCAGCCAUGAACCACCUCUUCCACACCAACAGGCCCACGCGCAAGCCAUGGCUCACCAAAAGACCCUCUCGCAGAUCCUCUCUCCUCACCCUCCUCUUCUCCCUCCUCUUCCUCCUCUCCUACUACUUCCUCACCCCAACUUCGCUCUCUCCCAUCUCACCAUUCAACAAAACCUCAAAUUCCCAGUUCCCCCAAUGCAUUUCCUCUCAAGCGCUAAUCCCAGGGGAAAAAUUCCUCUGGUACGCGCCCCACAGUGGGUUCAGCAACCAGCUCUCCGAGUUCAAGAAUGCGAUCUUGAUGGCCGCGAUUCUCAACCGCACCUUGAUUGUCCCUCCGGUUCUGGAUCACCACGCCGUUGCUCUAGGGAGCUGCCCGAAGUUUAGGGUUUCGGAUCCGAAUGAGAUUCGGGCUGCGGUUUGGGACCAUGUGGUUGAGCUACUUAGGACUGGCAGGUAUGUCUCCAUGGCUGAUAUUAUUGAUAUUUCGUUGCUAGUGUCUUCAUCUGUUGUUCGAGCCAUAGACUUCAGGGGUUUUGCAUCCCUAUGGUGCGGAAUUAAAGAUUUUGUUUGCUUCAACAAAUCAAACGAGUAUUUGUUUGAUAGGCUAAAGCAAUGUGGAUCCCUACUAUCUGGGCUUAAUGGUAAUGUGGAUAAAUGUACAUAUGCUGUAAGUGAAGAUUGCAGGACUACAGUUUGGACAUACCAAAAUCAUGAUAAGGAUGGUGUAUUAGAUUCGUUCCAACCUGAUGAACAGGUCAAGAAGAAGAAGAAGAUUUCAUAUGUUAGGAGACGAAGAGAUGUAUACAAGACUCUUGGACCCGGUUCUGAAGCUGAAUCAGCCAGUCUACUGGCAUUUGGAAGCCUUUUCACGUCUCCGUACAGAGAUUCAGAGCUAUACAUUGAUAUUCAUGAUGCUCCAAGCGAUCAAAGGAUACAGUCUUUGAUUGAGAAGAUUGAAUUUCUUCCAUUUGUCCCUGAAAUUACGAGUGCACGAAAGGAUUUCGUUGAUAAGAACAUAAAGGCUCCUUUUCUUUGUGCACAGCUCAGAUUGUUGGAUGGGCAGUUCAAGAAUCAUUGGAAAGCUACUUUUCAGAGUUUGAAACAGAAAGUAGAAUCUUUAAGACAGAGUCCUCACGCUAUUCAUAUUUUUGUGAUGACUGACCUUCCCGAAGGUAAUUGGACUGGAAGUUACUUGGGGGAUUUGAGUAGAGAUUCAAAUCAGUUUAAGCUGCAUUUUCUGAGAGAAGAAGACGAGUUAGUGAUCAAAACGGCCAGAAAAGUUGUGGCUGCUGGUCAUGGCCUGAGGUUCGGGUUUGUUCCAGACAGUCUUGGAAUGGGUGGAUUAAAAAAACAUUGCCCUUCUGAGAGAUUACCUGAUGUACUUCUUUACAUAGAGGAAGCUGUUUGUAGCUGCGCUUCACUUGGUUUUGUUGGGACUGCUGGGUCAACUAUUGCAGAGAGUGUAGAGCUGAUGAGAAAAUUUGCCACAUGUUAGAGGCAAAGUCUGACUGCAUUGUGAAUAAAAAGUGAAAACCAACUCAUUGAAAGUGUAUUAGUUUAUGAGAUCAAAUUUGGCUGGUUAAGGGUUGUGGAAAUAUGCUGUCUGCCAGAAAUGGGUUCUUUUAAUAUGUGUUCCACUUUAUCAUCUUGCAGUACAAGAUGAUGGCACCAGCAGUCUUGAUAUUUUUAUGCUUUCUCACGAAUCUUGUGAGCCAGACAACAUUCCAUUGGAAUCUUGUGUGUGUGGAAGGCAUGGGACCGUUAAGGGAAGGACUUUCCCCUUGUCAGGAUUUAACUCUAAUGAGGUUGCAAUUAUUUGAAGGUAAAUGUAAAUAUCUCGCAUUUUUAAAGAAAAAAAAAAAGAAAAAAAAGAGCAUGCUCCUCAGAUUUUUAAAGUAUUUUGGACUGACACUUAUAUUAAUUUAUUUAUUUAGGCAGAGUGUUUGUCAUUGAGGAUUGAGACCUCUUGGCAAACAAUUGUGUCUUUGUUUUGUAGAAGUAAUUGACAUUGGGUGAUUCCUAUUGUUCAUUCAUUCUAAUGGAGUAUAUUAAGAGACAUAUUGUGUACUGUUUUGGAGUUCUCUAGUA